AUGAUUAAAAAACAAUUAAAAGGACCCCUUUUCUUCGCCUUUUCAGUUGUUUUUUCUGUUGGUACAAUUUCUGCGGUUUUGUGGGACAUUGAAAGGCAGAAGGAUAGAAGGACUGAAACUGUUAGAUAUAGAAUGCAACAAACAGCCCAGCAAUACCAAAAUUUAGCUGAAUAUAUGGAACAAAAACAAAAGUUUGAGGACUAUAAAAGAAAUGCUUUGAUGGCUAAUAUAGGGAAUGAGGUUAAAUAGAGAAGAAGAUUAAUUUUCUGUUUUAAACUUUGUUUAAAAAAUGUUUUUUGAUUUUUGCUUUUACUUAUUAUUUU